CAGGAUGUCCUUGAUGAUGCAACUGCAGGGCUGUCACAUAGAAAAGCCUCUCAUUGGAUUUACUCUGAUAGACCAAUCCUGAAGCUAGAAUAAAGCUUGAUUCAGAGAAAAAAAGAGAAAGAGUAGAGAAUUUUUCUUUUGGAAAGCGCAUCAGUUCACAGUCAGUGUGAUCAGCCAGUUGAAGAAACAAGAACAACUAGCAAAAUGUCUCAGGAUGGAAUGUCCAGAGAAGAAUAUGAGGAGUAUCAGAAGCAGAUGGUGGAGGAAAAGAUGGAGAGGGAUGCAGAAUUCAAUACAAAAAAGGCAGAAAGGGCUUGUCUGAGGACUUGUUUAAGAGAAAAAUAUCGGCUUCCAAAGAGGGAACAGGAUGAGAUUAUGAUUCAGCAGGCCGGAGAUGACAUUGACGUGCCAGAAGAACUGAUCAAGAUGGUGGAUGGAGAACAGCCAGAGGAGGAGGAAAAGGAGUCCAUCAUGGGUCAAAUGCAGAACCUUCAGAACAUGGAUAUGGAGCAGCUCAAAGAAAAGGCUCAGGCCACGUUUGUGGAGAUGAAAUCCAAGGCGGAGGAGAAGUGCACUGUCAUGUAAAUGUGUCGAAGAAGUCAAAGUUAUCUAGUUGUCUAAUCUUGAUGACCUGCAUUUGCAGUUAAACUAUU